AUGUGCGGGCAAGAAAUAGGUUUCGAGGGGAAAUCUGGGCGUGACAGGGGUUUACAGGGGUCUUACGGCCAGGCUUUUGAGCGAAUGAGCGCGCCAUGCUGGUGGAUCGAUAAGCUGGUGUUUGGCGCCGCGUGCCCCUGCAGCACGUCGCCAGAUCUGCCAGCCAGUGCCGCUUUCUCAUUGGCUGGUCAUGGCAAACGCCACAAUGCCAGCUGCCAGCUGCUGCGAGCAAACGGAGCAAGCCGAGCAAACGGACGGCCCAUUGGAAUCAUUGGAAUGCAACCCACCACCUCCCAGCCGGACCACCCCCUUCUCACCACUUACAUACCUAGGCACGAUAUUCACGUUCACGUUCACGUCGACUACACGGACCAUCUCCCAAUGCGACCCCGCAGCCCUCCGAAACUAUCAUUGUCGAGUCUUCACUGGCUCUUGAAGAAAGGGCGGCAGCCACGUCGAACCCCCUUUCCCUAUUUGGUCGUUCAGCACGAAUCAUGGCUCGUGUUAGUGCCCGUGCACGCGCCGGCUUGA